CAACCACUUCUCCACACACACACACACACACUUCACAAAUGGCAACUCUUCCACGACCACCCCCCAAAGACAAGGACAUCAUUGGCAGGUUCAUGCCCCACGCUCGUUGCAAGAAACACCCCAAACAUCGUCAAUCACCUGGCGUAUGUUCUCUCUGUCUCAGAGACAAGCUUUCUCAACUUUCCUCCGACUCACCCUCUUCCUCUUCUUCCCGCAAAACAAACUCUAUUUCUUCAUCCCCUUCAUCUUCCGUUUCUUCUUCCGUCUCUUCCUAUUCCUCUUCUUGUGCCUCUCCCGCAGCCCUUCCUUUUGCUUUCUCCAAUGAACCGAGAACCGCCUCCAUCUUUCUCUUCACCGCCAAGCACGCCGGAUUCCUCAAAAGCAAGUCAAUGAGCGUUCUUUCCACCAGGAGAAGGAGAAGAAGAAACGAAGAUGAAGGUGAUGAUGGUGAGAAUAAUAAGAGUGGGAAGAAAAGUGGGUUCUGGUCCAAGUUGCUUCAUCCCAAAAGCAAGAGAAUCGAAGAGAUGAAAGGCACUAAGCUGGUUCAUACUACGUCUCUAAUACAAACACUGGCUUAGCCAUCCAUGUUCAUGUAUUCAUUCAUUAAUUACUCAUUCUUUCUUUCAAAUCCCACCCUACAAUUUGAGUGGAUUAUAAUUGAAUGUUAAUUACUCUACCUCUCCAAAUCUCCUUUCUGCAAAAGGAAGACAGAAAAAUAGACAGGAUUUGUGUAAAUGAACACUUUUUUGAUAUUGAUUAACAGAGGGAAUAAUCAAAGGCUUAUGCAUAAGUACGAAGGGUACGUAUAUAUUAAAUUGUAGAGGGAUGAUAUUAUUCCUUUUAGAUCUGAUGAAGUAGUAGUUUGCCCAGAGAGACAUGUAUUGCUGGCAUGACUUGGUUUUGAUGCUGUCAUUUCAUAGCUUAGAAGGAUAAACAGUGUCCCACCCCAGAUCACAAAUUUUAAUAAUAAUCAAAAGAUAUAUCGUGUAAUUAAUUAAUUA